AUGGCAGUCCUCGGUGCCGUACACAAUGGCUUCCUCGCGUCGCCCCUCGCCUCCGCACAGCCCGCCGCGACUUCCGGCCAUGAUGGCUGCGGGUCUUUCACUUCCCCUGCGGCCGGCGCUUCUGGCGGGGGAAAGACGAAGCAGGGUCCAAAGCGCGGCGACUCGAAGAUUGAGUUCCGGAACCCGUGGUCAUAUCAAUCUCCGAGCGACUAUGCAUCGCCGAGGAGCUAUGUCAGCCCACAACCAUACGGCAUUCGCCUAACCACGGCGCACGUGGCGCCGCCUAAACCGUCCGCACCCACAGCCUCCCCCGCGCCGCCGACUCCCGCCUCCCCCUCCUCCACCUCCGCCUCCGCUUCCGCCUCCCCCGCGGCGCCGCCCUUGCUGUCCGCGGCUCUUUCCGCCGCGGAGGGCGCGGUCAAGGAGCGCGGAGGGGCGUUCCUGUGGGGAUGGGCGGAGAGGGGGCUUGGGGUAGUGGCGGGGUCGCUGGCGCGCGUGUGGGUUUCUGUGGGGGCAGUGGCGGUCGCUGUUGCAGUCUCUGCUGCGGUGCGCUUGCUGCUCUCCCGUUCUCUCCCCGCCGUGCUUCCCGCGCUGCUCGCUGCUGCGACCCUCGCGCUCGCCUCCGCCCUCCUGCCCUCGCAACCUGUCCUCUCCUCGCACACCAUCACCGCCAUUCUCUCAUACGUCCUCUUCGCCUCACUGCAAGGCGCCUUCUCCUCCCAGCCCACAUCACCACUGGUCCUAGGCCUCCCGGCCUUCCUGGGAGCACUCCUAGCAGCACCGGCACUGCUCUACAAUAUCGCACAUGCCCACGCUGCCACCACUGCUGCUGCUUGA